AUGUCGUACCAUUCCCCGCAUCAGUCCCAGGCCCAAUUUCACUUCGAUGCCUCCACACCGCCACCUCCGCCGCCGAAGCCCUCAGCUCACUCGAGCGGAAGAGGCACGCCGCUUACAGGCCCGCCGCUACCCCCCACACCCGCUCAGAUAGCCCAGGCGCAGGCCGGUCCAGCUUCACAGUCGCCUCAGACUUACGGCGGCCAGCAGCCGGCUGUCGAGGACCGCCAACCGCCGAUUGAACUGCCCGAAGAGGGCUGGCUGCCGAAUGUGCUGAAAGAUAAGAACACGGCUGACCUCCAGGCGGUUCUUGAGAGCCCCGAGCUCCAGAAAGCACUUGCUCACUCGCCGGGCACUGCCCAUCCCUCCAUUGCCGCAUCCACCGCGCCCCUAGGCGAGGCUCUGGCUGCCAACAUAGCACUGGCAGAGUCCUUGAAGAACCUCGAGUCGCAUCUGCAGCACCAGCGUCAACACACCCAGUCCCGACUGCUUAGCCUUCGCGCCCUCGAGGGACAGUGGCGUGCGAAGCAAGCCGAGCAGGAUGCUGCUCUCAAGGACUUCAGCCCGCCUGCACUCUACCAGAGGCUGAGCACUUCUAUCACAGAGCAAGAAUCGCUUUGCCGCGGUCUAGAAGAGAGCUUCCUCGAGGGCGAGGGCGGCGGGCAAGCCACCGAACGAGAGGUCGCAGAGUUUCCCCUCGACUUCGCUUUCUACGACGUUGUCACGGCUGCUCACGACAAGCGUACUCUCCCUGCCAAUUCUCCUCCCGCCACUGCCUGCCCUAUCUGCGUCGCCGUUCCACCACAGUAUGACUAUGUGCAGCACAAGUUGACGAACCAGAUGCUUCUCCCGACUUCCCGCCUUCCGCUAAGGCCGGGCCGGGCCGUCUUCAUCUUUGCUGGCGUAACCCUACUGCUUCUGUGGCAUUUCCACCUUCUCAGCGCUAGACAGCCUGUACAGAUAGCAGAGACGCUCGUCGAUGGACAGGCAAACGCCAAUAUUGCCAAUUCAACGCUCGGCUUUCAAACAAUCAUCGCCAUCUCCUCGGAAAAUGCCUCCGCGCCGGGCGCAUGGCGGCAGCGCGGCCUCCUCGCAGCGACGCAUCGGACCGGCCUGGAAGUCAAGGUGCACCAGUCGCGACGCAUUCCGGACGACGAGCUGCGCGCGUUCAUGCAGCAUACCUCGAAGACUGGCGAGUCGCCGCGCAUAGGCAGCGCAAAGGCGUGGCUGGCGCACCUCGAUGCGCUCAAGUACGUGCUCGCGCACAACAUCAGCACCGCCCUCAUCCUAGAGGACGACGCCGACUGGGACGUUCGCAUCCGGAAGUUGCUCGCACCGAAUGCGGCAGUGCCCUCGCUGGUGCGCGAGAUCCUGCACGACAACGACGAUGACACCACCAGCGACAAUAACUCGACCCUGCCCUACUCCCUCGCCUACGACAUCCUCUGGCUCGGCCACUGCGCUUCGGUCAAGACGCCGCACUCUCGCCAGUUGGACACGCUCGACGACGCCGCGUCACUCCCGCCUGCCAACAGCCUGCGCGCGCUCGCAGACCGCUACGCCUACACGCCGCUGCCAGACGGCACGCGCAGCAUCAUGCGUUCGCCGGGCCCCACGUGCACAUACGCAUAUGCAGUCACUCGUCCCGGCGCGGCGCGCAUCCUCGAGCUCGCGAGCGGCGGCGGCGCAGCUUUUGAUAACGAAGUCGGCGCAGGGUGUGCGAAGGGAGAGGAGAAAGGUGGUCUGAGGUGCGUGAGCGUGGCACCGGAGCUGUUCCAUCACCAACGGGUCAUCCGUGAAGAUGGGGCGGAUAGCAGUUUGGUAGAUGGGAUGAAUUGGGGGAAGGCGGGUGAAGGAGAGUUGAAAACCUACAAGCAAAAGACAGUUGGGAAGGAGAAGGUGGGUACUGGUGCUGCGCAUGAUGGACGAAGGUUUAUCACGUUCAACAUCAUGUAUAGCGCGAGGUGUAAUGCGGACAGGGGCGAUGGAGAUUUGGUUGAGUGUAUGCCGACAGAUGAGGAGUUGGAUCGGUAUACGACGUAA